AUGUCGACCGUCGACGCCCAACCUGCGCCCUCCCACCACCACCAUCACGAUCCCCACCACCCGACCGCACCGCAACUAGACACUACCAACACGCAGAAGUCGGCAGGCUCCUCCUCACCCGUUGCGCCGGCGUACAGCCCCAUAACGCCCAAGGUGCAGCCCGUACUCCCCGCGACCGUCCAUGCUCCGUUUGUGCCGGCCGAGAAUGGAGGCAACUUCACCUUCUCGCCCAGCGAGCCUGCUGCGACCCUACCCCCGCUUCCUCCACAGCCUCCACAAGAGCAGCAGCAGCAGCCGAGCUCUUCGAUAGCACCGACAGAAUACAUACCGCAACCGCCGAACCUGCCUUUCUCGAGCGAAGAUGCGACGGACGCUAUUGCUCUACGGGCGGCUAUAUCUACGCUGCAGUUCCAGAAGAUGAAGGCGAAGGAUGAUCUGAAGACGCUUGAGAGUAUCAAGCAACUGGCGCUGGACGAUCCGAAGCACUUCAAGACGGAACUCGCGGCGGGCAGGUUGAAUGAGUCGAGACCUAAGUUGGGUGACAUACAGGCGAUUCUGGAUGAAGAGGACGAUGAUGACGAAGACGGGGAGGAGGAAGUGAAGCUGGGCGCGACGCGAGAAGACGAAGGCACCAAACCACCACGCACAGACGAGGACACGAAAAUGGAUGUCACCAUGAAGGACUCAAACACGGGCAAAUCGUUCCCCCGAAUACCUGGGCCUCAAAGCGUGGUGAGGAUGCCUCCUGUGAACUGGGACAAGUACGGAGUCGUUGGCGAGCCACUCGAGAGUAUGCACGCACAGCAACGCCGGUGGCCGGGAAGCACCUCAAGUAUAGGUCACGAUAAAGGGCGGGAACAUACCAUCGCCGCGCCUUUCAGCCCCUUCCUUGACAAUCUGGAUCCUAACCAGAGGAUAGACGGCGACGGUAUAAGAAAGGACUCUGGAGCAGCCUCAUCGACGCCGCCCGGCACUAUCAGCGAGCACCCCAUGGAGACGCGAAGUAGAGGAUGA